AUGAACGGACCCAAAGCCGCGACCUGUCCAGCGAGCCACCACCGCAUCGAGAACAUCCACAAUGGCAAGCUCGCGAACGGAACCGUGAAGGCUGGAGGGAAAGACAAGCCUGCGCCAGGGACAUAUAUCCGCUGGGAUGCGGAGGGCGUGGAGAAGAUACAGCCGGGGGAAGAGGAGAAGAUUCAGGCUGUGUCUGAGCAGUUUAAUCGCUUUCAGAUGAUGAAUUUCAAUGAGCAAGUAUUGCCCGGGUACGAAGUCGAUAUGUCUCGACAUAAACACUUUGGCAUGUUCGCUAAGCCCGGGUCGUACGAUGUGAUCAUGCGCUAUUCUUCUCUCACACCGAAGAUCGUUCCCGAUAACAUACCCGCCCCAAGAGGCAUCGGGAUGAAGAUCUUCGGUGUAGAAGGCGAGAAGAUAUGGGGAGAGGACAAGAAGACGCAGGAUUGGACGUUCAACAACUAUCCCAUACUCGAGCUCCGCGAUCCAGAGACCACAUACGACAUUGCCGAUUCGCUCGAGCGGAACUGGAACGACCUCCCUACUUUUGCAGACGAGCAGUCAAAGCGUGUAGACGCUGAUGUUGCCACCCUUGGAAGCCAACUGCCGAAGCAACACAUGGUCGCCAUGCCAGAGUACUCCCAAUCCGCCUACCGCUUCGGCUCCUACGUAGCCAAAUUCGGGGUCUUCCCUCUCAGCGAGGUACAAAAAAACCUCGAAUCCACCGAGAUCCAAUCCUCCGACCCCAUCAACAUCAUCUCCCAAGAGCUGCGCACCUUCCACAUGAAGCACAAAACAACCUACUCCUUCUGCGCGCAGCUCCUCCAAGACCUAGCCGAGCAGCCAGUAGACGAUAUCGGCAUCGAAUGGGACGCGACGAAAUACCCCUUCGAGCAGAUCGCUACGCUGGAGUUCCCCCCGCAGGAUAGCUGGCUGCCUGAAUUCCGCGUGUGGUGGGAUGAUCGUAUCACGGUGAAUAGUUGGCAUGGACUUAAGGUGCAUCGGCCGCUGGGCAGUACGAAUCGGAUGAGGAGGGUUGUCUAUGCCGAGAGCAGGAAGCUGAGGCUGAGGGUUAACGGGCAUAAAGAUUAUGUCGAGCCUGGGAGCGUCAAUGAGGUUCCUGUGCCGGUGCCGGCGCCGCAGUUGCCGUUAAGAUAUCAGCAUGCUGUGCAGACUGCUGAGGUUGCUUGA